CUCCGCCCCGGCGGCUCCUCCAGCUGACUGCCCGUGUCGGAUGUUUGGGAUUGUUGUGGUUCGGAGGGCCGCCGCCAUCUUGGAUUCAGCCGCGCUCCACACCGAGCAGCGCGAGAGGACGGACGACGUUAACGGCGCAGCCAGUUAGCUCCUCGUUAGCUAGCGUUAGCCUGCUCGGCGAGAGAUUAACCCUGCUGCCCGUGUUGUUGCUGCGCGGCGGGACUAUGCUCUACAGACGCUGUUCGUCUUCGUCAUGUGUCACCAGGAGUGCACAAAAUAGGUUUAAACUGUGUUAACAGUGGAACGCUUUUAACUCCGGAGAGGGCGGCGGCGGCGACGCGCAUCCUCGUUAUAUCGUUAAAAAAACAUUUCUGGAUAAAGGAGUUACUAUGAAUGGAGGAUAAAUGUUGUCAACGGCUGACAGCAGCAGUUUCGUCCUCUUCUCUCUCCUCUUCGUCCUCGCGUCAACGGACCCACCACGGACAGGUCCGCGGCUAUCUCUGGCAAGAUUAUUGUCAGAGCAGCGCUGCAGCCCCGGGCAGUUUGCCUGCCGCAGUGGGAAGAUGCAGUGUAUCCCCAUGUCCUGGAAGUGUGACGGCUGGACAGCAUGUGAUGACAAGAGCGACGAGAUGGACUGCCCCCCUAACAAGGAGGAGGGGUUUCUUUUUGGUAACGGGCACGACCAGGUGGAGGACGUCAUCGGUGUGGCUCAGCCUGUGCGCUUCAACAAGAAAUGCCCCAGCGGGUGGCACCACUACGAGAAGACGGCCAGCUGCUACAAAGUGUACCUGAUGAACGAGAACUACUGGCAGGCCAACGACACGUGUCAGAAGGUCAACGGCUCGUUGGCCACGUUUGUGACCAACGAGGAGCUGCAGUUCAUUCUGAAGAUCGAGGUGGAUUUUGACGACAAAGUCUGUGAGCGCAGAGACCAGUGCAAGUUUUGGGUGGGCUACCAGUAUGUGAUCACCAAUCAGAACCACUCUCUGGAGGGCCGCUGGGAGGUCGCCUACAAAGGGUCCAUGGAGGUGUUCCUGCCCCCCGAGAAUCUGGCCAACUUAGGAAACACGUCUCCCACCGAGGACAAUGUUUUCUGUGCCCAGCUGCAGCGCUUUCACAUCAAAAGCAUGAACGAACGAGGCCUGCACAGCUGGCACGCUGAGAACUGCUACAAGAAGUUCCCAUUCCUCUGCAAGAGGAGUACGUGCCCAUGUAGUCUUUUCCAUCCCAAAUGGCAAACGUGUGUGGACAUCAAGGACAACGUCGUCAACGAGGGCUACUACUUCACCCCCAAGGGGGACGACCCGUGUCUGAGCUGCACGUGUCACAAGGGCGAGCCCGAGAUGUGCGUGGCGGCGCUGUGCGAGCGUCCGCAGGGCUGCCAGCACUUCCGCAAAGACCCCAAAGAGUGCUGCAAGUUCACCUGCCUGGACCCAGAUGGAAACAGUCUGUUUGACUCGAUGGCCAGCGGGAUGAGGCUGAUUGUCAGCUGUAUCUCCUCCUUCCUCAUCCUCUCUCUGCUGCUCUUCAUGGUGCACAGACUGCGCCAGCGGAGACGCGAACGCAUCGAAACUCUGAUUGGAGGAAACUUGCACCACUUUAACCUCGGCAGACGAGUCCCGGGCUUCGACUACGGCCCCGACGCCUUCGGCACCGGCCUCACUCCCUUGCAUCUGUCCGAUGAUGGCGAGGGGGGAGCCUUCCAUUUCCAAGAGCCCCCUCCGCCGUACGCCGCCUACAAGUACCCCGACAUCCAGCACCCCGACGACCCCCCUCCGCCGUACGAAGCCUCCAUCAACCCGGACAGCCUCCUCUACGUGGACCUCGGACACGGGGUUUCCCUGGUGCCCAGCCAGGUGAACGCCAUGGUGGACGGGCUCCAGGCGGCCGUUCCCAACGCCUGCAGCGUCCCUGCGGCCGUCCCGGCUCCGCCUUCUCAGGAGCGGGAGGACUCCAUAGACAGCAGCACGCUGCUGGUGGGGCCGGACACGCCGACAGACGGCCACGCCCCCGUGAGCGCAGACUGCGCCUCCUCCCUCAGCACCGUUGUAUAGGGCCGCUGGUCGAGGGCCGCUGGUCGAGGGUCACCAGCGCGUCCCGCCCGGUAGAGGACGCAGCAGACCGCCAACUGCAGGGAGGAGGGUUCCGGUCCGGAUGGACACAAACAGAAGCUCGCUUCUUUCCACGUGCGAGGAUGCCCCUUCUCUUUCCUUCUCUCUCUCUCUCUCUCUCUCUCUCUGCAGUUGGCCUUUUGAGUGUGUUUUUUCUUUUUUUCUUUUUUUUUUAAGCCUCACAUCUGAGGGAUCAGAGGACUGUUUCUACACAGAGAGGCAGGGAAAAACAAACAUUGCGGCUGAGAAAGCAGCCCUUUUACUUUCAGCAUCGGGUGAGUGAUGCUUUUGAAACAUCUGAGGUCGGCCGAUUCCGACGAGCGGUCCUAAUGUAAAAUAAACCCUCUGGGCCUCCGCCGGUCACAUUGGUUUUACUUGUGUUUCACGGUCCAGCACAAGAAUGACCGACGGACAGUGAACUCAGCUGAUAUGUGUUUUUUGUUUUCCUUUUUUGGUUUGCAUCGUGAGGUCCAAGCAGAGGUUUCCAAGCGGCCUCCAAGCUUCAGCAAUGUUCUCGUCAGACCUGUCCGUCAAGGCGUGUCGAUUUCUACCUGCCCCGUAGAAUCCGCUGUCCCCUCCCUUUCUUAUCAGUCUGAUACAUGAAGCCGUCUUCCAGGUUUAUAGCGCGUAUUUGCAGAAAAGGUUUUGUAAUUAAGAGCAACAGUACGGUUAGUUUCCCGCUAAAGCGGUUUUUAAUUAGGUGAUGCUGACUGAGGCAUUCUGUAUGAAGCAAUGUUGUGUUACUGCUAAAUAUCUCAGUCAGUUUUUGUGUUUCUUUAUGACUGCGAGCUGUAAUCUUGAUUUUUUUUUUUUUUUUUUUUUUUUUUUUUUUUUUUUUUUUUUUUUUUUUUUAAUGUGAGAUAGACCCGAUCUGAACUCCCCAGGGAUCAGCAAGCUGCCGCGAUGAAGACGAUCAGGGAGGAUAUCCAGUCAUUUAUUUGAGAUGGCUGUUCCAAUCAUGAAAUCUCAGCAGCACGGUUGUGUAUCGACUAACUGAACCAUGUUCAGGGAUUCAAACUUAUCCCUUGAUUUAAUCGGGUAGCUUUUUUUUCUUUUCUUUAAUUUUUCUAAUGGAAUUUGUUAAAUGUCAAAUUUGGAUGCUGCCCCUCCAUUUCGGAUGUGUUUUUGUUUGUGUGGUUGUGAUGCAGCACAUUAGUUUUCUCCCUAUUUGAUUGAGGAUCACUGAGUGCAGCUGUGAGUCCUUUUCUGUUUGGUGUCGAUGGGUCUGUUGACGUCCUUGUUUCUUCGGUGGGAUUGCAGUAAAAAAAAGUAUUGUAAUUAAAAAAAAAAAUGUAUAUUUGGAAUUUGUUUGACCCGUUUUAUGACGACAAUCUUUUGAUUUACUCCAGAGUGAAUUUUGUAGCCUGAAGACUUCAGAUUGGACUCGACCCGCAAACACCAGCAUUCAAAAACCAGCUGUGUCACAGUAUCUCAUCUUUGAGUUGACUAGGACGGAUUGCCCCCCAUUUCUUUCGCGUGUGUGUGUGUGUGUGUGUGUGUGUGUGUGUGUGUGUGUGUGUGUGUGUGUGUGUGUGUGUGUGUGUGUGUGUGUGUGUGUGUGUGUGUGUGUGUGUGUGUGUGUGUGUGUGUGUGUGUGUGUGUGUGUGUGUGUGUGUGUGUGUGAGAGAGAGAGAGAAAAAGUGUUCCGGGUUUAGAUUUUUUUUUCAUCUAAAUUGCGUUGGAUUUAUUUUUCAACCUGAUUUCUGCGGUACAUGUAUUUAUUUUUUGGCAUGCGGAGAGGUUUUUCUUUUGAUGGAAACAUGUUUUUGCUCAGCAGUCUGUCCUGUACAGUAGACUCCUCCAUAUACAGUAGUUUUAACAUCUCUGUAUGCAACAAAAAAAGCCUGAGCGAGACCCGAGGAGCUGAAUUCAUGCUGUAGUUUCUGUUCUAGCCUUUGGUGUGAAGCAACUAAUAUUAUUGGAUUUUAUGUUUUGUGUAUAAUAUGGACAAAUGCUACAGUCUUUUAUUUGCAGGGAGGGCUUGUGUUUUUCCCGAGGUAGAUGUACAUCUAAUCAAAUGCCAAAUAAAUUGCACCAUGGA